AUGGACUUGCUCUAUCACAUCCAGCUACGGACUCCAUCGAGGCCAAACGGUCGACCACGACAGCCCUUCUUUCAGGCGCUUCUCCCAUCCAGCAGAACCCGCCGCCUUCAACUGCUCUCUACGCUCUACUGGCCGUCGCUCAUUGCUUCUUCCCUGCAUCGUGUCUGGCAGGCCCUCCUUAGCUACCGUCUCACCCGCGGGACCCCUUCCAUGCGAUUCCGAUUUGUUGACCUGCUCGGCGAACGAAGAAGAAGAAGCAAAGACAGCAGAGCAACAGGUUCUUUUAUUUCAUAUUGGCCUGGAAUACUUGAGUGCUUGCAUAUAUACGCUUAUUUGCUUCUUCCCAACGACCGCAGAAGCAAGCAUCCAUCGCCUUUCCCUCGCCUUAAGAUAUUCCACUCUUCCUCCGCUGUUGGCUUGCUAUUGGCUUGCUUUCUGGCCCAGAUUCUUCGGCUUUUACCGCCGGCGCUUCGCAUUCUCGCUGCCCAUUAUUAUUAUAUUUGGCAGCAGCAAACACUCCUUGACCGCGACCUCAGGGACAGAUGCCUUUCUUUACUCCGAAUUAUCCCAGGAGGGUUUAUGUUUUUUUAUGCUUUUUCAGCCUUUUUAUUCCUGUCUGCUAGCUUCAUUGCUUGCUUUUUCCUGGUGGUGAUAAAUCGGGUUGUUAUAUACGCAUGCGAUAGCCUUGCAUGCGCCCACGGCAAAACCUGUCGCGCGGCUUUGUUGCUGGCAGGUAAGCAAUCUCACAUCGCCUCCACGGGCAGAGGAGGCAUCGAGCAAGCCCUGGGGAGUCCGGAGGAUAUAGCUAUGGAAGAGACGUCUCCCGCGCGGGGGGAAGAGGUGAGGGACCCCAAUGUCUCCAAGGACGAGCGAGAAACCUCUGCAGCACCCAAGGCCCUGGCCGUCAAGAACAAGCAGUGUCCAUACUGCAAUCAGACCUUUACUUCGUCCUCCCUCGGCCGCCAUCUGGACCAGUACCUCUACAAGAAGAAGCCGGAUGGGGUGCACAAUGUGGAAGAAAUCAGACAGCUUCGCAGCAGUAUCACUCGGCGAACAGCGCGCGGUGGGACAAAGCAGAACAGUCCGGAGGUCUCGACUGCAUCAGGGCCUGCCUCUGGGUCCGCGGCCGCAGUAGGUGCGGCCUCUACUGCUACGGGUCCAGAUCCGCACUCUGUCGCUCCGUUGCAGCUCAACUCAAGUGGUGCAGGCAAGCCAUAUCGACUUUUAAUCAACCAGCCAACAUGGCAUGCUACCGGCGUCAUCAACGACAUUCCCAAUUCCUCCCCGGUUUCACAAUUAAGGAUUCCUUCUACUUCAUUAGAGAGAUCGAAUCGUCUUACUAGCUCGAACUCAACCGAGACUACAAGAGCUCUGGAGCUUGCAUUGAGGGAGGUCCUAGAUAGUGUGAAAGCAGCAGCCUUGAAAUUGUUUCUGACCCGGUUUCACAACAGCAACCAUACCCAGUCCAUCUCUCCUUUCGACUUUGACCUCCAAUCGCAAACGUUUCCUGCCCUGUGCCUCCAGGCAUUACCGCACCCGCCGAGCCUCUUUUCCACCCACCCAUUCCCGUCACCCAACUCAUUCCCUAUUGACCCUCCGAGCGUGAACCAGCGGGAGAUAGUACAGCAAGCAUUGCGCGCCCAGGUCCACCAAUGGAAAUACGACCAGCUCACAGCAGCUAACUCUGCGUCGUCCUCGUCCUCGUCACACCAAAGCCAAUCAUCAAGCCAUGAUGCAGGUAUGAUCGAAAAAGUAGCCUAUCAGCAUGAGGAGAUUAUCCCCCGGCAUCUUGAGCUGUCCCUGCAGAAUUGGAUGGAGCUUUCACCUGCGGCCCAACGGGAGCUGUGGCAUCUUGAGAUAGUACGUGCCUUUGCACGAGAAGCUGAGAAACGGAAGAAGAUUGAGGCUCAGCUACACCGCACACAGCAGGAAGCCAAUCAGUUGCGUGCGCAGGUCGAGAAGCUUGCAUCUUGCCAAUGGCCAAGGGAAUUCGCUAUCUUCCCGCCGAACCUACUGCCCAUAUCCCCUGAUAUCGCCAGGGAACUUGACAGGCAUGAUAGCCGGAUACACUCGCCUGAGUCGUCGAAAUGGGACUACGACAACCUUGUAGCUAAAUGGCAGCGUGUUGUAAUGCACGAUAGAUCCAUGGGGCGAAGCGGUGUGGGUGGUCUAGAUAACACUAACACCGAAGUAUCGGCCCUACCUAGUAUACCUCGCCAGCCCUAUUCAACACGAGUUGCUUCUCCUCUUCAGAGAAGCAAUCAGCUCCCACCUCCAGUUUCAACAUCACCAAAACACCAGCCGCCAUUCCAACGACAUCCCCAUCCUCCACCGUCCCCUGCCAGACAAUCCCCCCGGAACGAAGACAGAGAGCCGAUUGAACCAGCUGAAUAUUUCCGUCCACCCAAACGCCCACGACCGCAUGAGGAUCAGCCGCCUAAUAGGUUUUCCAGCCCAGGCAGCUCAUCUCCUAGAUAUUCCUGGAAUCAUCCACCUGCCCUUGAACCAUACUCUACCCCGCAGAAUCGAUCUAAUUCAGUUUUGUCCCCGACCCUUCCUCGCGGACCCGUGUUCCCGGUCAGUUCUGGAACCCCAGCUACUCCCCCGGCAUCAGGAAGCGCCGCCAGGCAGUCUGGUGGACAAGCUAGCGAAGGUGUAGCCCCUCCACACCGACUGUCAAACGCCUCGGGCCCCACGGAUGGGAGCGGCUCCGAUAGGGUCGAAGCAUCCCCUAAAACACAGAUACAGUAUACCCCCAAAGAACAAGACUCGCGAGAGACACAUUAA